AUGGGGCAGAUUGAAAAGGCUGAAGAUUGCUUAAAGAAUGUUGAGAGUAGGACCACAGACCUGGAUUGGAUACCUUAUCAUUAUUUAAUAAGUAUUUAUGGAAAUUUUGGUAACAAAGAAGAGGCUUAUCGGGUGUGGAAAAUUUUCAAAACCAUUUCUCCUGGUAUUCCAAAUUUGGCAUAUCAUGCCAUAAUCUCUUCUCUUGUUAGGCUAGGUGAUAUUGAAGGGGCAGAAAAAAUUUAUGAUGAAUGGUUGCAAGUAAAAUCAUCUUUUGACCCUAGUAUAACAAAUCUUCUCAUGGGUUGGUAUGUUAAAGAGGGAAGUUUGGAUAAAGCUGAGAGUUUUUUCAACCAUAUGGUUGAAGUUGGUGGAAAGCCAAAUUCAAGUUCAUGGGAAACUCUUGCUGAGGGGCAUAUUGGAGAAAGGAGGAUUUCUAAGGCUUUAUCCUUCUGGAAAGAAGCUUUUAUGGCUGAGGGAUCGACGACUUGGAGGCCAAAGCCAGUUAAUGUGUCUACCUUCUUUAAGCUCUGUGAGGAAAACAAUGACAUGGAGAGCAAGGAAGUUUUCAUUGGACUGUUGAGGCAAUCAAGAGCUCUUGAAAAUGAAGCAUAUGCAUCACUCAUUGGCUUGUCUGAUGGAGACAUUGGUGGAAAUGGACUUUCAAAGAGCUCUUACAAAAUUGGCAGUUUAGUAUUACAAAGUUCUGCUAAUAGUGCCAGGAUAGGGAUUUUGUAA